GCUGUGCUUGGAACUUUACUAACAUUAAUGAGGAAAAAGCAGUAACUGGACAGUAAAAGUAGCGAAUGUUGCUAUCAUGUUUGCGGACGAGAAUUUGCAGCAUGACGACGGGCCUCCUCUCCGGCUAUUGUCGUUACCGCUGUGGCGGGAUGCGAUUGGUGGGCAACGCGAACUUAAGGAGAGCCAGCUCUCGAAUAGAGGUGCUUUUCGGCGUGGCCCCGUGCUUCAUUGCUUUGAGUCGAGGGCGGAGGGUCUGUCACGCGCUUUACACCAAGGAGAGUCGGGUCCAACAGAGGCCUGGGUCACAGGAGUUACCCCGGCGAGCGGCUGAAUUGGGGGUCCCUGUGCGGAGGGUCUCUAAGAGGGAACUGGACAAACUAUCUGGCGGCCGCGUUCACCAGGGCUACUGCCUCGAGGUCAGUCCGUUGAAAUUCACUCCGCUUGAUCUCCGGACCGCGGAGGAAGAGGCGCAUAGCGACGGCUGUCGGCUAUGGCUGCUUUUGGACAGAGUUCAAGACCCCAUGAACCUGGGAGCAAUUCUGCGAUCUGCGUAUUACUUUGGUUUGGACAGAGUGGUGGUCGGACUGCAUGACAGCUGCCCUUUGAGUCCUGUUGUUAGCAAAGCCAGCGCUGGAGCAAUGGAGGACUUGGAUGUUUAUGCCUCAGAAACACUUCCUGAACUUAUCAAGGUAAAAAUCGGUCAAGGGUGGCAUGUGGUUGGAACUGUUGGAUCAGCGUCAGAAAAGAUUUCUGUGCCCGUAAUUCCCUGUUCUGAAUUUCAAUACAGCCAGCCUACUGUUUUAAUUCUAGGAGAUGAGCCCUUCAGGGAAGUUCAGGGAACGCUUACCUAUUUACCCACCAUGCAAGAGGACACUAUACAGACAUUGCUUGGGCCUGUUGCUUUAUCUCCAGGUAAUGAAGCUUCUGGGCUUUCUCCACAAAUCCAACAGUUGUGUCAUUCUUUUUUAACCAUCCCUCCAGGCCAACGCCGCUUGCACCCUGGGAUUGACUCCCUUAAUGUCUCUGUUUCUGCAGAUGACAUCUGAGUCGUGAAGUGACAUCAUUCGCUCCUUGCUGAACACAUCUGCACCAGACAGGUUAGCCCAGUGGAUACGUGGAUCUCCGCUCUGAUUAGUCCUAUGGAUUCUGGCAGCUCUGACCCUUUGACUGGUCCAAAAAUGUAGUCCUCAAGGGCUCUGCUGUAGGUUUUCAUCCCAAGAAGUUUCAUGGCAGCAGUAUGAGAUUUACAUUUAUAAGAAAUUAAGAAAUUGUACUUUUUGCUGCAGCCCAUUUUCCUAUUAAUAUACCUUUUUUUUGUGGAGUUGGCUCCCUUUUUGUACCCAAGUGAAUGACGAGUGGAGUAAAUAUGGAGGUAAGCAGAACUGAAUGCUAAAAUGCAUCUCCUUUAGUGCACUAACUUGUGUGGUUAUUAGUAAAGUAUGCCUUAAAUAACCAGAACAUAAAAAAGCAUAUGAUAUUAAAAAGCUGAGAAAAAGAAUCACUUUAGCCAGAUUUAACACACACAAAUGAUCUGUAGCCUCAUUCACUAAACAUUUUGCAAACCAGUUUGUACUUCUGGAUUGUUACAAGAAAACAUCAAAAAUGGGAAUUUAAUUAAAGUAAAACAAAUUAGGAGAAUAAUCCACCCAAAAGUGAUCUGUUUUUUAAUGGAUAUCUAACUCCCAUCAUUAGCAUCAAUGGCCAAAAUAAAAAUAUUUAAUAUCAUGUAAAAAUGUGUUUUUUUAACAAAUUUCGUUACCCAGAAUACUUGUGUAUGGGAUGUUAUCACUUUACAACUGGAUACUUGAUGAGGACUAUGCAGCAUAAUAAGGAUUUCACAAUUUUUUUUCUUGGACAUUUUGAUAUUAUUUGCUAACACUUGGGGACAAAUAAAGCACAUCUAUCUGUCGUUUAGUGCAGGCCCUGUUGAAACCACUUGUGUCAGAAAUUUUAUGAUCUAUUUUCUACAUUAAACUAUGAAAUUAAAAGUCCGUAACAAGACACAAAAUCCAUCACUUGAAAAUUGAGUAUUCCUUUAAAGAAGACAUGAGUUGGCACAAAGACCAGAUUUUGAAAACUUUUAAGCAGUUGGAGAAACUGUACCUCCUUGAAUAGCCUGAUAGAGUGUUGGAUUUCUGCUCUUUUGAUUAGCCCCAUGUGUUACUAGACCUCGGUGGCUUUGAUUGGCCCAAUUUGUAACUGGAGCUCCGCCCCUCUGAUUAGCCUAAUGUGUUAUUUGAGCUCCACCCCUCUGA